UGCGCAUGUGCUUACUACAAGUUACUAUGAGUUUGGUUCUUUAGUAUUAUAUUUAUUAACUAAUAAUAAUAACAUACCCUGAAAAUAUUAGCAAUAUAAAACAGUCUGACGUAUUCGUGGUGCCAUAAUAUAGUUGGACCUCACUCCUGUUCUAAUGCGUGGUGCAUCACAUUCGAUAACUUGUGAAAUAUUGCAGCCCGGAAGAUCUUACUGCGCAUGACAGAAACGCACAAGUAAAGCAGGGCAUCAAAUGUAACGUAGGCCUGGCGGUUUUGAUUAUUAUUUCCAACUAUGCAUUUCAGCAAUAACACACACGGUCCUCAGAAAGCUAAAGCACGUCAUUAAAGGAGGUUAAAUGAGUGUAAAAGGUAAAUCCGUGCAUCCGUGUAAAAGGUAAAUUAGUUUCGAUAAGGCGCUUCCGGUCGCGCGGUACUGCGAGGCCUGUUGACCCACAUUCGGGGAUGUAGGAGAGCCGUGAACCUAAUCUUCUAUGUCUUCCUGAUGUGUGUCUUCCACAGACUGACUCAUGAAGCAUCACAAUGAGCUCCAUAGACAGGGAUGACGGCAGCAUUUUUGAUGAGUUGAUGGAAGACGAUGAGAGGGAUAAGGCCAAACGCGUUUCCCGGAAUAAAUCGGAGAAGAGGAGGAGAGACCAGUUCAAUGUCCUCAUCAAAGAACUGGGCACCUUGCUGCCUGCCAACACUCGCAGGAUGGACAAGUCCACUAUCUUACAGAAAAGCAUCGACUAUCUACGCAAGCACAAAGAAAUUGCUGCGCAGUCGGAGUCCAGCGAGAUCAGACAGGAUUGGAAACCCCCAUUCCUCAGCAACGAGGAGUUUACACAGCUCAUGCUGGAGGCAUUGGACGGCUUCUUUCUCGUUAUCCUGACUGAUGGAAACGUCAUCUAUGUCUCUGAAAGUGUCACGUCCUUACUCGGCCACCUACCGUCAGAUUUGGUGGAUCAGAACCUGCUAAACUUCCUUCCCGUUGGAGAGCACACUGACGUGUACAAAGCCCUGUCUUCACAUCCAGAAGGCGAAAACCUCAGCCCAGAAUACCUCAAGACUAAGGGCCAGCUGGAGUUUUGCUGUCACAUGCUCCGAGGCUCGGUGAACCCCAAAGAACCGCCUGUGUACGAGUACGUCAAAUUUAUCGGCAACUUCAAGUCGCUCAACAACAUGCCACGUAUAAGCCGGAACGGUCUAGAAGGAGUUCUCCAGCGGUCGUUGCACCCAGCCUUUGACGAUCACGUGUGUUUUGUAGCAACAGUGAGGCUAGCCAAGCCUCAGUUCAUCAAGGAGAUGUGUACAGUGGAGGAACCCAAUGAAGAGUUUACCUCUCGACACAGUCUAGAGUGGAAAUUUCUUCUGUUAGAUCACAGAGCUCCUCCCAUCAUUGGCUAUCUUCCCUUUGAGGUUCUGGGGACGUCAGGCUACGACUACUAUCAUGUAGAUGACCUGGAGUCACUGGCGAAAUGCCACGAGCAUUUGAUGCAGUUUGGAAAGGGCAAGUCAUGUUACUAUCGAUUCCUGACCAAAGGCCAACAGUGGAUCUGGCUCCAGACUCACUACUACAUCACCUACCAUCAGUGGAACUCGCGGCCCGAGUUUAUCGUGUGCACGCACACCGUAGUCAGGUAUUCUGAUGUACGGACAGAGCAGAGGAAAGAGAUGGGCAUUGAGGACUCGCCUCCUGAGAGAACGGUAGACAAGCAGACUCAGGACUCCGGUUCUGAAUCACAGUUAAACACCUCCAGCCUGAAGGAGGUACUAGAGCGCUUCGAUCACAGCCGCACUUCGUCCACGUCCUCACACAGCUCCCGCAAGUCCUCGCACACAGCCAUGUCUGACAGCACGUGCAACUCCACUCCCCCGAAGCUCCAGAUGGACAUGAGCACUCCACCUCGGCCUAGCACUGUUGACAUAACGUUACAGCGCCGCUCCUCUGUUAGCAGCCAGAAUAUUCACACUAGUUCUCCUGCUCAAGUUAACCAGCAGCAGCAACAACAACCUCAAAAUAACGCACAGCAAUACUCUGCACAGCUGAACGCCAUGCAGCAUCUGAAGGAGCAGUUGGAGCAGAGGACGCAGAUGAUCGAGGCCAAUAUUAAAAAGCAGCAGGAAGAACUAAGGCAAAUUCACGAGCAGCUUCAGAAGGUGCAGGGCCAGGGCCUUCAGAUGUACGUGCAGCAGUCAAUAGACGGAGUCAAUGUGCAGCUCCCUCACGUGAGUGGCGCUUCAUGCUCACAAGCGGUAGUUGGAGUACAGAGCGUCACGAGUACCGCCCCCAGCGGCAUGCAUCACACCCUUCAACAGCAGCAAGCUCCGUCUUCGCAUCAGCAGAUUUCACAAGGCUCCGUCCUUACACAGCAGGGUUCAGUGUACAACACGAUGAUGGUCAGUCAGCCAGGCACAGGCAGUGUCGUGCAGAUCCCCAGCACCCCGUCACAUAACAUCAGUCAAGUAACCACAAUCAACAGGUUUCCAGGGCAGCAAUUGGUCACGAAGUUAGUCACUGCUCCCAUGGCCUGCAGUACCGUAAUGGUUCCCACAACAAUGUUUAUGGGCCAAGUAGUGACCGCUUACAGUCCGUUUGCACAGCAGCCAGGCCAAACACAGGCAAUAGCAGCGCCGUCCGAUUCGCAGCAGCAUCAGCAGGGGCAGCCGCAGGGGUUGACACAGCCUCAGCAACAGCAACCGUUUUUACAGGGAACCCGCAUUUUGCAGACUAACCAGUCCACACAGCUGAUUCUGCAGGCUUUCCCCAUUCAGCAGCAGGGUGCAUUCACCACAACACAACAACAACAACAACAACCACAUCAACCACAGCAAAAACCCCAACAGCAGUUAAAGCCUCAGACUCUAAAGCAGCCAAAAACCUCGUCCUCUCACCAGACGGACAACUCGAGCACCCAGUCACAAUGACACGAGGAGGACACAUUUUAGUUUGUAAGCAGUGUUAAUUUGAAGUUUACCGAGGGGGAAAAAAAAAACCCCAAUGUUCAUUGGAACUCAGUUCUACAUCAGUAGGAUUGAACUCAUUACCACCAGAUGGCCUCCAGUGCAGCGAUUCAGAACUCGCAGUGUUUCACAGCAAUAACAGUGUGGACAUCGGUGCCAUUAAAAUAGCUUUUUCUUCAUUUCUUUUCUAAUUUAUUUAAGGAGUACAAUUUAAUCUCGGAGGAAAAGGAAACGUGGAGUCUUUCUCUUUAUUAACUGUACAGAUGUGUGUACAAAACCAUGUGACUAUCGGACCAUAAAGGAACGAAAGUGACUAUUUUAUACUCCGCAUGAAAAGUAUAAGCUUUUAGUUUAAGUUGCCGUUUACUGUAAAGUAUACACCCGUUCGUUGUUGUUUUUUUUUUUUUUUAGUCAUGUUUAAAGCAGGAAUAUAAUGUUGUUUUAACAUACCUUUUUUUCCCUUUUUUUCCCUUUUUUUUUUUUUUUUUUUUUUUUAACUAUUCAGCCCAAAAGUUAGAAAUAGCUUGCAAAUUUAUAUUUUACUCCUCAUUAAAAGUAUUCUUUUAACAUAUUUUAUAUCUAACCGCAGUGUUACCUCUACUUCAUGGACAAACGUAGUUCUCAAUAUUUUAAGUGCCAACAAUUAGUUCUAUUACCAAAAAAAAAAUACCCAUAUACAAUAGUGAUUUGUUGUCAUAAGAAUUGUUUCUGUUUCCCAUUGUAUUUUAUAGCAUUUAAUGUGUUUUUACACACUAAACAGCCCUUAUUUUAAGAAUUGUAGUCUUAUUCAUUUCUGUACGAUAAUUAAGAUGUGCAAAGAGUGAAUCCUGACUCUAUAAACGUGCAGGAAUUUAUAUUUCUCGUGUGUUUAAAUGCCAGAUUUAAACACCUGAGAACGAGUUGUACUCUAUAAAGCUAGAAUUGCUCCAAUAUUGCACAACACGUUGGUUGUAGGAAUUAUGCAACAAGCCAUGUUAGGCCAACUCAAAGCAUGUGUUUUUUUUUGUUUGUUUUUUUGUUUGUUUGUUUUUUUGUAAGAGCGCGUACGGUAAAAUGGUAAAACUGUCAAUUCUAUUUGGUUUUCUACAAAUGUAAUGCGUCAUUGGCUUUUUGAAAAUGUUUUGUGUAAAUGCUAUUUUCAUGAUCGUGUAAAGGUGUCGGGUUCGUAUACGUUGCGUUUGUUCAUUUUUUGUUUCGAAAUGAAAAUGCGAGGUAGCUGCUUUUUAUUUUUUGAUUUGUUCGUUUUAUGUUUCUCACACACUAAAAUAGAAAAAAAAUUGGGGGGUUUUUGUUGUUUUUGUUUGCUUCUAGCUAUUUCACCACACAAAGUUUAGUCGAUCAAAUACUCGUGUUUUAUUCAUACACUUUUUAUAUAUAUAUAUAUAUAUAUAUAUAUAUAUAUAUAUAUAUAUAUAUAUAUAUAUAUAUAUAUAUAUAUAUAUAUAUAUAUAUAGUGUGUGUAUGUGUGUGUGUGUAUAUAUAUGUAUGUGUAAAUAAGGGUUAACGUGCAGAAAUAAAUUUGGGGUAUUUAAAGUAUUCUUAAAUUUCAGCACCUGGACAAUCCUGCUGAUCUUUUUCAGCUGCCAUGACCUCCUAUUUUACAGUCACCCUCCUGCGAUAUUUUUUAUUUAUUUAAAAAAUUUUUUAAAGCAUUUCGUGAUCCGUAUUAGCAGGAGAUCAGGCACUAAUGACUAUCUUUUAAUAAUUUACCCACUAAUCGCGAAUACAUAUCUGGGGUAUUCAAGAUUCUUUAUUAAUUUUAGUCCGAAAAUAAAUCUGAAAUGAUGGUAAACACCCCCCCCCCCCCCUUUUUUUUUUUUUUGAAAAUCCCAAAUUCAAAAACAUCUUGUUUGCAUAUAAUUGUUUUAGGUUUCUUUUUUUUUAAAAAUUAUUUCGUAACAAAUGAACGCAACCUACACGGACUCUGUUGAUAUUCAAUUCUUGAGUCCUAAGUGUGAAUGGUCUUUCAAACAAAGUGGUGUGUGUGUGUGUGUGUGUGUGUGUGUGUGUGUGUGUGUGUGUGUGUGUGUGUGUGUGUGUGUGUGCACGUGUCUUGAAGGUAAAAAUUUGUACCUCUUCCCUUAUUGCCGUACGGGUUGUGUACAUCAACCCAGGCGAUAACCAAUCAGUUCUUGCCUUGCAGUAACUUCAUAUUGUGGAACGCUCUUUAUCGACUUGGUAGUUAUAUACCUCAGAAAAUCCAUGUUAUUGAAACAUUUUUUUUUUUCUAUAAGAAUAUCCAAAGCAACUUUAUUUUCAUAUGCUACGAUGGACCUUAGCGGAAAGCUGUGUAUAGACCGUCAACACUGUCGUGUGAAAACGUAUGCAUUGUAAACCUUUUGUGGAAACUGGAGGUUGUGGCUAAAAGAUCUUCCAAAUAGGAACGUAUUACUUAGUCAGUAUCGUGUAUUAUAUUGUAACUGAACCCUGUGUACCUUUUUUGUAUGAUUUGUAUCUUUAUUUUUUGUCAUUUCCAGGGUUUUGUUUGUUUGUUUGUUUGUUUAGAAUUUCACUCAACCACCAAAGAUACUUUUAGAAUCGGACACCUCGCAUCAUGUACACUCACCAGCCACUUUAAUAGGAACACCUGUACCUCUGCGCGUUCAUGCAGUCAUCCAAUCAGCCGUUCUAUGUAGCAGGAGCAACACAGUGAAUAAAAUUAUACUUAUUGUAUCGGGUCAAGAGCUUCAGUUCACAUCAAACAUGUGAGAAGGAGGAAAAAUAUCAUCUCGGUCACUUUGACCUUGGUUGUUUUUGCUGGUGUCAGACAAAACUGUUGAUUUUCAGUUAUAACAGUUACACAGAAUGGUGUGGAAAAACAAAAAACAUCCAGUGGGUAGCAGUUCAGGUCAGAGGAGAAUGGACCAGAGUGGCUCAAGCUGAACAGGAAGGCUACGAGAACACCUUUACAUAAGCACCCUUUACAACCGUGAUGAGCAGAAAAGCAUCUCAGAGCGCGCAACAACUUGAGGCGGCUGCCUAUCACUGGAUGUGUGUGUGGUUUUUUUUAACGAAGUGGAUGUAGAGCGCAAGGUCUUGAACCUUUUUCGUGUCCUGUUAAAGGGCACAAUAUUCACAAAAUGCAUCCUGAAAAUUGUAAUCAAACAGUAGUUUGAUUCCAAUGCAAAUUUCUUGGUAUAGUGGAUUGAAGUGACUGUAUUUUUGCAACUGUCAUUAAGCUAGAUAGCUGUGAGGCAGCUACUGUAAUAUUGGUUGUUUUCACACAAAGAUCUAAAAAAUAAAUAAAUAAAUAAAGGAGGAAAGCA